AUGGACCAUCAUGACCACCACUCUUCUUUGGUUCACCUUCCUCGAGACCCCAUCGCCACCGUUAAAACCACCACCACCACAGAGUCUGAAAACACUAAAACCAGCACCAAUACGAACCCUCCAGGCGGCAACAACAACAGCAGUAAUGGUACAAGGAAGUGUAAAGGCAAAGGUGGACCUGAUAAUAACAAGUUUCGAUAUAGAGGCGUAAGGCAAAGGAGUUGGGGUAAAUGGGUGGCUGAGAUCCGUGAGCCUCGUAAACGAACCAGGAAAUGGCUCGGGACUUUCGCUUCAGCUGAGGAAGCGGCUAGAGCCUACGAUCGUGCUGCUAUUAUACUCUACGGUUCCAAGGCUCAGCUCAAUCUCCAACCCUCGGUCUCCUCUUCGUCUUCCUCGUCUCGUGGUUCUUCUUCGUCGAGUUCUUCUUUUUCUUCGUCGACUCAAACUUUACGGCCUUUGCUUCCUCGACCUUCGGGUUUUUCUUUUAGCUACUCAAACCCUAGCACCCACCAAGCUUCUUUAAUGGCUUCGUCUAGGUUUAUGCCUUAUGGGGUUUAUCCACCCUCUCUGGUUUACCCAUCCAUGGUACGAAACCCCCAGUUGCAUGUGGUGCAAGAAAUUGAACCUAGUGUCAUUGUUAACCCUAGUGACCCGACAGUGACAAGUACAACCUCCUACUCGAAUAACCCUAACCCUCAACAGCAACAGCAACAACAAGGUUCUUUGUACGAGGAUGUCAACUCACUGGUGGGUUCCGUCGGUUCGAGCUUGUCUCUAUCGGCUCAAACCACGGUUGCACCAGUUGGUCCGGAUCCGGGUUUAACAGUUGGAUCCGGAUCCCCAUCUAUUUGGCCGUUAACAAAUGAUACUGAUGAAUAUCCACCAUCUUUCGUCUGGGAUUACAUGGAUCCUAAUUUAAUCUUUGAUUUUUGA